AUGCCGUCCACAAAGACAAGACCCAUUGAGAAGUUUGCAAAGGCUGCCUCGAAGUGCUCGGUCGAGGCCGCUGCGUAUGGCAAAUGCGUCGUUGCGGACUACAAUGCCGUGCAAAAGGACAUGUGCGCCAAGGAGUUCAUGAAGCUCAAGGACUGCUUUCUGGCGGCCUCGAAGAAAGUUUAA